UAGAGAAUUCGUUACUUUCUCUCUGACGUUAUCUUGUUAUUAAUUGUGUUUUCUCGCGUUUCUCGUACGUAAAUCGUUAAAUUAGUAAAUUUUCGAGACGUUUGAUUAAAAUUUAUUGAAAAGUUUAGAAUCCGUACCCUCCUACAUCCGUAAUCAACAAUAAUGGUCAAAGAAACUGGUUAUUAUGAUUUGUUGGGCGUCAAACCAAACGCUACUCCUGAUGAACUCAAAAAAGCCUACAGAAAAUUGGCACUCAAAUAUCAUCCAGAUAAAAAUCCUAACGAAGGGGAAAAGUUCAAAGCGAUAUCUCAAGCAUAUGAAGUGCUUGCUGAUCCUAAAAAACGUGAUUUGUACGAUCGUGGAGGUGAGCAAGCCAUAAAAGAGGGAGGUGUAGCCAGUGAAAUGCACAACCCUAUGGACAUAUUUGAUAUGUUUUUUGGUGGUGGAAGACGGGGAAGAUCAGGGCCUCCAAAGGGAAAAGACGUUGUUCAUCAGAUCAAAGUAACUCUUGAGGAAUUGUACAAUGGUUCAACUAGAAAGCUUUCUUUACAAAAAAACAUCAUCUGCCCAAAAUGUGAAGGUCGUGGUGGCAAAGCAGGUUCUGUAGAGAAGUGUGCCAAUUGUCGUGGUACUGGUAUGCAGACUCGUAUUCAACAACUAGCCCCAGGUUUCAUGCAACAAAUACAAUCUGUCUGUGUCGAAUGUCAAGGACAGGGAGAAAAAAUUGCAGCAAAAGAUAGGUGCAAAGAAUGUCAAGGCAAAAAAAUUAUUAGAGAAAAGAAGAUUCUUGAAAUCCAUGUUGACAAAGGUAUGAAAGAUGGCCAACAAAUUAGAUUCAGUGGUGAAGGAGAUCAAGAACCUGGUCUUGAACCUGGGGACAUAGUUGUCAUAUUAGAUGAAUCUGAACAUCCUGUUUUUCGUCGUAUACAUUCUGACUUGACCAUGAAGAUGGAAAUAAACCUGACAGAAGCCCUGUGUGGAUUUCAAAAAACUAUAAAAACACUGGAUGACAGAUGUCUCGUUAUCACAUCUCUACCUGGUGAGGUUAUCAAACAUGAUGAGAUGAAGAGCAUCCUUAAUGAGGGCAUGCCAUUCUACAAAAAUCCCAUGGAGAAGGGCAGGCUGAUUGUACAUUUUCAGGUUAAAUUUCCAGAAAAUAACUGGAUCACUGGUGAAAAGUUGGUCGAAUUGGAGAAAUUGCUUCCACACCGUGUAGAGUCCAUAAUUCCUGAUCAUGCUGAAGAGUGCGUUCUUCAUAAAUUUGACCCUGCGACCAACAGAGCUGGUAUGAAUGGCAGACAGGGAGAAGCCUAUGACUCAGAUGAUGAAAGCAGUGGACAUCACGGAGGUCAAAGAGUUCAAUGUGCAUCUCAAUAAAUUUGCUCUUUUAGGUCAUCUGUAAAUGCUUAUUAUUAUUAUCAUUUUUUACAUUCUCAUUAUUGUGUUUUUUAUUUCGUUUUUAAUGUGAGCAGAACCAUUAAUGUUAUAUAUUUGUUUGGAUUUACGACAUUGUCAUAUCGGAUGAAUUCUAUAGGGUCAUUUGUGAUGGAAGUUGUGUGAUUCACUCUUUACUUUAAUAUUUCAUCAGUUUAGUUAUAAAUACUUUUAACGAAUUAUUAUUGCAGAUUAUAUAGAAAUUGUUACAUUUGCUGUUAUUAUGUUGUCAGCUUGUGUUUAUAAUAUGGCUGAUGACAUGCUAUGUAACGUUUUUGAUGUGUAAAUCAAUCAUUAUGGUACUCAAUAUGUCUAUCAUAAGUUUCACUAGCAACAAUUUGUUACUAAUUAUGAUGUUAUCGUGCAUAUGUUUUACGUGUACAAUAUAUAUGGUAUAUACUUGAUGUGUAUAUAUGUAUUUAUUACGGUAAUCGCAUAUAUGCUUUUGGUUGAAUUAUACAAUGAAUAGUUUUCACUAAUUCUCA